GUCCACAAACGCGGUUACUCCCCUUUCUCUUCGUCUCCUAUAAAUCUUCCCACCCUCGUUUCAGCGGCCUCCAAAUCAAAUCGGUGUACAGCUGCAUCCUCAUCCCCUCGUCCCCUUUCUAUUUCCUCCUCACUUGAGCUGCUGCAUUCGAUUCGGCCAUGUAAAUGGAAGAGCAAUAAUAGGAGGCGUAAGCGGGCCGGAGUUAUGAAGGACGGCGAAGGUGGCGGAAUCCACAAGGGGGACACCGAUCGCAAACCCCUUGCUCCCAAUAACAUUAAGGCCCCCUCCGUGUGGGGCGUUCUCGCCGGCGGCGGUCACCACCACCGCCGCAAUACGAAGCCCUCGCUGCAUUCCUGGCCCUCCAGCGACUGUAAGUCAUUCUUUCUUUUGUACCGGCUCCUCUUGUUCCUCCUCCUCUCUGUUCUUCUCCUGUACUUCCUGUAUACCUACAAUCUCCUCUUCGCCUCCUUGCCUUCCUGUCCCAUCUCCUCCUCCACCGCCGCAGCAGCCACCGACGAUGUCAUCCACCUCUCCUCCUCCUCCGCCACCAACUUUUCCACCAAUGUUGGCAAUCGUACCCGCGCCGACGUAGCCAGCUCGUCGCCGUCGAUGCCGGUGCCGACGUCUCCUUCCCUCUCCUCUGCCGCAGCCGCCUCUACCGCCACGGGGUUGCAGCAUAUCGUGUUCGGCAUCGCGGCCUCCUCCAAACUCUGGGAGAAGCGCAAGUCCUACAUCAAGCUCUGGUGGCAGCCCCGCCGGAUGCGCGGCUUCGUCUGGGUCGACAAACCCGUUAAGGAGCUGAACUCCACCGAUCCCAGCCUCCCCGUCCUCAAGAUCUCCGGCGACACGUCCCGGUUCCCCUACACUCACCGGAAGGGCGAUCGCUCGGCCAUCCGCAUCUCCCGUAUCGUGUCCGAGACGUUUCGCCUCGGCCUCCCCAACGUGCGGUGGUUCGUCAUGGGGGACGAUGAUACCGUCUUCCUCCCCGACAAUCUCGCCCGCGUCCUCUCCCGUUUCGACCACCGUCAACCCUACUAUAUCGGCUCCCUUUCUGAGUCUCAUCUACAGAACAUCUACUUGUCCUACAACAUGGCCUACGGCGGCGGGGGGUUCGCCAUCAGCGCCCCUCUCGCGGCCGCCCUCGCCAGGGUCCAGGACCGCUGCCUCCACCGCUACCCGGCCCUCUACGGCAGUGACGACCGGAUCCAGGCAUGCAUGGCAGAGCUCGGCGUACCACUCACCCGCCACCCCGGCUUCCACCAGUACGACGUCUACGGCGAUCUCCUGGGCCUCCUCGCCGCUCACCCCGUCGCGCCGCUCGUCACCCUCCACCACCUCGACGUCGUCCAGCCCCUCUUCCCUGGCGCCGUCUCCCGGACCGCCGCCCUGCGCCGCCUCUUCGACGGCCCCGUUCGCCUCGACUCCGCGGGCGUAACGCAGCAAUCCAUCUGCUACGAGGGGCGGCGGCUCUGGACGGUCUCGGUGGCAUGGGGCUUCGCCGUGACGCUGGUGCGCGGGGUGAUGUCGCCGCGGGAGAUGGAGACGCCGACCCGGACGUUCCUCAACUGGUUCCCCCGCGCGGACUACACGGCCUACGCUUUCAACACCCGGCCGGUGGCGCGCAACCCGUGCCAGAAGCCCUUCGUGUACUACCUCACCUCCGCCCGCUACGAUGACGCCCACAGGACCACCGUCACCGAGUACGAGCGCCACCGCCAGUCCCACCCGCUGUGUCGAUGGCGGAUGGCCGACCCUUCGGCGCUCGUGGACCGCAUCGUCGUGUACAAGAAGCCCGACCCCGGCCUCUGGGACAGGGCGCCGAGGAGGAAUUGCUGCAGGGUAUUGUCGUCGCCGAAGGAUGGGAAGAGGCGAGACGGGUCGAUGGUGAUCGACGUCGGAAUGUGCCGAGAUGGCGAGAUCAGCCAGAUCAAUAAGCAGUAACGUUAGUUUCUCUCUCUCUCUCUCUCACGCUCUUUCUAAUUCGCCUACCAACUGUUUGUAGUUAUGACAAGAUGCUUUGUAUGCCUAAACAUAGAGAUUCCGAAGCUUUUCUGAGCUAUUUUGCUCCACCAUCUCGUCGUCGGGGGGAUUGAGUUGGAAACAGAACACGAUCACACACGCCGUGU